CCCGGAGCCCUAUGGCAGCUGCCGCCGCCGCCUCUUCCCUCCUGCCCGGCCGCCGCCGCCGCCGCGCCUCGGGCUGAGCCCGGCCGCUGGAUCUCGCCGCUGCUGUGAAACUCUCAGGAUCGUCAUGCCGGGACUUGGCUGCCUCUUCCUGACCUGCUGCUGGCCGGGGCCCCCGGGAUGCUAGGCAGCCCCCCCGGAGCCUCCUGCCCCCCAUCGCCCCGAGACCGUGUCGCUUCGGGGAGCCCCUGGCUGCUGCUGCCGCCGAGUUGAGUUAAGAAGUCAUGGUGCUUGGGGAAGUGCAGCGGCAGUGCAGCGGCGGCGGCUGGACACUUUGCGAUUGCUGUUGCUGGCUGCUGCUGCCGGUGAUGUUACUCAUCAUAGCCCGACCAGUGAAACUUGCCGCUUUCCCUACCUCCUUAAGUGACUGCCAAACGCCUACCGGCUGGAAUUGCUCUGGUUAUGAUGACAGAGAAAAUGAUCUCUUUCUUUGUGAUACCAAUACCUGUAAAUUUGAUGGGGAGUGUUUAAGAAUUGGAGACAGUGUGACUUGCGUCUGUCAGUUCAAGUGUAACAGCGACUAUGUGCCGGUGUGUGGCUCCAAUGGCGAUACCUAUCAGAACGAAUGCUACUUGAGACAGGCUGCCUGCAAGCAGCAGAGUGAAAUACUUGUGAUGUCGGAAGGAUCAUGUGCAACUGAUGCAGGCUCAGGAUCUGGGGAUGGAGUCAAUGAAGGCUCAGGAGAAACCAAUCAAAAAGAGACGUCCACUUGUGACAUUUGCCAGUUUGGGGCAGAGUGUGAUGAAGAUGCAGAGGAUGUUUGGUGUGUGUGCAACAUCGACUGUUCUCAAACCAACUUCAAUCCUCUUUGUGCUUCCGAUGGGAAAUCUUAUGAUAAUGCAUGUCAAAUCAAAGAAGCAUCGUGCCAGAAACAGGAGAAAAUUGAAGUCAUGUCUUUGGGUCGAUGUCAAGAUAACACAACUACUACCACAAAGUCUGAAGAUGGACAUUAUGCAAGAACGGAUUAUGCAGAGAAUGCAAAUAAACUGGAAGAAAGUGCCAGAGGGAUCUAUACUCCUUGUCCAGAACACUACAAUGGCUUCUGCAUGCAUGGGAAGUGCGAGCACUCUACUAAUAUGUUGGAACCAUCUUGCAGGUGUGAUGCAGGCUACACUGGACAACACUGUGAAAAAAAGGACUACAGCGUUUUAUAUGUGGUUCCAGGGCCAGUACGAUUUCAGUAUGUCUUAAUAGCAGCUGUGAUUGGAACCAUCCAGAUUGCUAUCAUCUGUGUUGUAGUCCUCUGCAUUACAAGAAAAUGUCCCAGGAGCAACAGAAUCCACAGACAGAAGCAAAACACAGGGCACUACAGUUCAGACAACACAACAAGAGCAUCGACCAGGUUAAUUUAAAGAGUGCAUGUUUCCACAAUGGCAAAUCUAACUGCAGAGAGCUUGGACUACAAAAUACAGUAUUAUAGACAAAAGAUUAAAACAAGAUCUACACAUGUUGCCUUGCAUUUGUGGUAAUCUACACCAAUGAAAACAUGUACUACAGCUAUAUUUGAUUAUGUAUGGAUAUAUUUGAAAUAGUAUACAUUGUCUUGAUGUUUUUCUGUAAUGUAAAUAAACUAUUUAUAUCACACAAUA